CUGAAGGGUCAAUGGAUUUAAGUCAUUUACAAAGACAUUCAAAUUCAUAUUAACCAAAUGAAGGUUUUAUGUUAAGAUGGGAUUGGAUAGGAUGCAUACCAAUUAACUUUUAGAAAAUGCAAAUUAACUUUGGAAUAUUUAGGAAAGGCGACAACUUUUAUACAUAUAGAGAUACAGGGAAUUUUCCAACUGAGUAAGAAUCUUAUCGUUCAAAUAAAUGUAUUUUUAUGCAAAAAGAAAUUAUGAGAGAUUUUUAGCCGUUUCCUGAUACGGUUUUAUAUUGCGAAUUUUGGGGAUUUUCAUAAGAAAUUUUAGGUAUAAAUGGAAAGCCAUAGGUAUUUGGAUGGACAUUACAUGAAAUAUUUGAUUACAAUGGCUAGUUACUACCAGGAAAAUAUAGACUACCUUUUUAUUCAAAAGAAUAUGAUCCGAAUCUUCUUUUUUAAGAUGGAUUACCUUAUUUAUCUAACAGUGCUUUAUUUAUACGCGUAUGUUUACCUUUAGAUCCUUAUUUAGAUGUUGAUAGUGCAGUUUUAUUGUAAAAUGAAUACAAAAUUCCACCAUGCCAUUUACGUUAGAAAAAAGUAAUAAACCUUAUGGAAAAUAAAUUAAAUAUUGAAAAAGUCUGCUUUUUUUAUAGUAUCUUAGUUAAUACUAAUGGAUCUGAUGAUCUUAUUGGAUGGAUCAUACCUCCUAUUUUUAAAAUAUCUGGAAAUGACAAAAUCGUUGUCAAUUCUGGUAUUCAUACUAUUAAUUUGUAUAAAAAACCAGCUUAAAAACCUCCAUUUUUAGAAAAAAAAGAAAAGACUGAUAUUAAAAUUACUUAUGAAAUUAAUUUUUAAGGUGGAGACAAAAUAGAGGCAAAUUAAAAUAGAUUAUAAACAAACAUUGUAACUUAAUAAAUUUCAGAAGAUUAAAACAUUGAUGAUAAAAUAUAAAUAAAACUUAAAGAUACUAAUGAAGAAUAAUUUUUGAAUGAUUAAAAAAAGUUAGUUAUAGAAUUUUAUGAAUUAACAAAAUAUUCUACUGUUAAAAACGAUUUAGAAUAUAAGAUUGAAAUCUUUAAAGAUAAUGAAAUAUUAACAGACGAAAAUAAUCACAAAUGUAUAGAAUAAAAUGAAAUAUAAGUAAUUGAAAAAUAACCUUUAGUUUGGAAAUUAGAUUCCCGACUACUUAUCUAAAUUUGCUAUUAAGGUGAAAUUAUUUCCGAUGAUUAGGGUGAGAAAAUUUCUUUUAGUGGUAAUAUUGUUAAUAAUGUAAAAGAUUAGUUAGAAUUUAAUGAAUAAUAUAAUAUUUAAUUAGAUGUGUAGAAAUUAAAAAAUGACUAAAGUAAAAAACCUGAUUAGUACUUUUUAGUAGUGAUUCUUUAUUUAGAAGAUAUUAGUAAACCUUUCCUUUGGUAUUAUUUUAAUAUUUUCGAAAACAUGAAUCUUAAAUAAGGGUUGUUUAAAUAAUAAAUGUUCUAAAAAAAUUUUAUUAUUUAAGAUCCUAAUUUAAUUCCUAAAAGUGAUUCUUUUAUUGAAUUUUCUAUUAAAUUGGGAAUAGAUGAUGAAUGA